CUUUCACUUCGUCUUCUCUUCUCCUACUCCGUCCUUCAUCCCUAUUGCUUUUUCAAUCCCUCCGAUCCCUACUCCUUCUCCUCUGCUACUGCGUAUUGCCUUAGUUGAAUUGCAAGGCUGGCUGACUAAUUCUUUCGAUGGCUGCCGGAUAGACUGAAGUCCGUGUCAGUUUGUCGGUUUCUUGGUCGAUAUUGAUUGCACUCUCACGUGACUGGGCAGUUCCUACCAUACUGGUGAAGUAUGGCAACUCCCUACCCUGAUAGUCUGUUCUCAGCAGCAGCCGACUCAGAAAAGACGUCGGAAACGUUGCACGUCCGAGCCUGCACGAAUUGUGUCCGCGCCAAGGCCAGAUGCUUGAAGACUUCUAGCGUCGAUGCCAUGGGAACGUGUGAAAGGUGUCAUCGCAUGAAGAAAAUCUGCCAGCCGUCACCUCCAGUGCGCAGGGCUCGUACACUGAAGAAACUCUCUGCGGAUAAGACCUCUAAACUGGAAGAGAAACUAGACGGCCUUGUGACACUCCUUAAGUCGGCAGCUACUCAAGGUACCUCAGGGACUCUCAAUGCAGCACUAAUCAACUCGUCUCUGGAAGGAUUGCAAUCUGCAGGCCAGACAUUCUCUCCUAUUUCAACAGCCAACGGCAGCGUUUACCCGGGACGACAUGCGCACAAUGCGCCCACUCCAACCGGAGAUGGCUUUCCUCGGCCGAUUUAUACUCCAGCACCAUCUGCAUCUUCCAAGUCAACACCAUACAGCAAUCAUAACCUCGAACCUGUCCUCCGUCCGGACUUGGAGCCAAGUCCAGAAGAAGCAGAGUUACGUUUGAAUAAAUUUCGAGAUGACUACGUGGAAUACUUUCCAUUCGUAGUCAUAUCACCCUCUCUUACCGCUCACAAAUUGCGGCAAGAACGCCCAAUCCUUUGGAUGUCCAUCAUGGCUGUGACUUCACCUUAUUCUACUGAGCAGAUUUACUUCUCCAAUGAAAUGCGGGCCAUUAUAGGAAAGGAAGCGUUUGUUGAAGGCACUAGGAAUAUGGAUUUCCUUUUGGCAGUCCUUGUCUAUACCUCUUGGGAUCGACGCUUUUGUUUUGGAAAGCCAGUAUUGAUCGCUCUAGUACAACUUGCAGUUGCAAUAGUGUAUGAUCUUGGACUUGACAAACCACCAUCAGAAGAUCCAGCAAUGGCUUUCGCCUACAACUUGAAAGGAGCCAGUAAACCCCCAAUCAUUGCAAGAGCCCCAACGCUGGAGGAACGAAGAGCUCUACUUGGCGUUUUUAUGUUGAGUUCAAAUUCUACCCGCACGUUCGGCAGGGGAAGUGUCAUGCGCUGGACAGCUUAUUUGAACGAGUGUCUUCGCAUAUUAGAAACCGAGAACGAGCUCGAUUCAGACGCGGCUCUUGUCCAGUUGGUCAAAUUACGUUUGAUAUCUGACAGAACAAGGGACAUGGCGGGACCAUCGGCUGAUGCUGAUGUCGACCUAGCUGCCAAACUUCCCACUGACUUUUACCUGAAGUCACUCGAGGCGCAUCUUAGGUCUUUCAAAUCAAGCAUUCCCGAUGGCUUGUCGAACAGAGCCAUACUUCUGAUGGAACUCUACAUGACCGAUUUCAGCAUCCACGAGGUUGGACUAUCCCAGGGUACUGAUAUCUUUGAUGGGUCGGAGAAUCGGCGGAUGGAAUGCCUCUGGACUUGUCUCAAUGCUUUGAAAUCCUGGAUCGACGUUUAUUCUGGAAUUCCACUGACUCAAUACCCUGGGUUUUCGACAAUGAUAUAUUCCAAUAUGAUCCGUAGCCUGAUAGGACUAUACCGACUAUCGAUAUUUGAGCACGCUGGCUGGGAUCGAACUGUGCUUCGAAGCCAUAUUGACACUGCGUCGUUCUUGGAGCAGUGCGAAAAGAAUUUUGCGACCGUCAAGGAUGUGACUGGUCUCGACGUUGGCGGUUCACAUGAUACAGAUUUCUUCACCAUCAUGGCUUCAAGAGUCCGUUUUAUCAGAGGGAUUUGGGAACACACAGGCUCCUCAACAAUGCCAUCUCUUGCGGCUCCGUUGGGUGAUGACUUGGAUUUGACAGAUUUUCAAGUGGAUUUUUCAGAGGAUGAUUGGCUAAGGAAUGUUCUGAUGCCCCCCUGGAGCGAAUAGUGCAUUCUCCGCUGUACUAGUACUGUAUGAAAAUUGAGAUCGGCGUAUGCACAACUAAGGCUUGAUUUUCCGACUCAA